UUUCAACUUGACACACGUCUAAAUAAAAUUUCGCGCAAUUUCAAUUUUUGUUGCUGUAACUCGUAAAUUUUUGUUAAUUUUCAUCAAUUUUGGUGAUACUGUGAAACUAUGCCUACUUAUUUUGGUUUAGAUGAGGCCGGUGUUAAAGCCUUUCACAAGUUCUACAAAUCAUUGGGAGAUAAACCGAAAACGACCGUACGAUUUUUCGACCGUUCCGAAUUCUAUACAGUACACGGGGAGGAUGCCGAAUUUGCCGCUAAAGUUGUUUUCAAGUCGACGGCCGCUCUUAAAAAAGCCGAGAUCUCACCGGAUGUUCUGCUCACAUAUGUCACGCUAUCUAAAAUGAACUUCGAAGAGUUUGCAAGACAUUUGUUAAUUGUUUUACAUCAUAGAGUGGAGGUUUAUACUUCAAAAGGUGGCGCAAAGAAUCAAGAAUGGAAUUUAGAAUAUCGUGGAUCUCCUGGAAAUUUAUUACAAUUUGAAGAUUUGCUUUUUUCAAAUCGGGAGAUGGUUACCUCUUCAUCAUUGAUAUCGGUUUUCUUUAAACAAUCAAAUAAUCAAAAGAACCUCGGAGUCGCCUGUCUAGAUAACAACAGGAUUUUUCACAUAAUGGAAUUUGUGGACGAUGAUUUUUUCAGCGAACUUGAGGCAAUUGCUGUUUUGUUGUCUCCAAAAGAAUGCUUACUCCCUUCAACAGAUGGAGAUUAUGCAAAGAUCCAAAUGAUUCUUGAACGGAAUGGGAUACUGGUUACUCGUCGCAAAAGUUCAGAUUUCAAGUUAGAGACAAAUGUAUGGACCGAUUAUAUGAACAAAUUACUUCAUUUUGAAAAAGGACAGCAACAAAGCGUUUUUGCGUUGUCUGAAUCUACUUUAAAAUUAGCAAUGUCCGCUUUGUGUGCCGCUAUCAUUUACAUGGAUCUGGUUAAUGAUACAUCAAACCAUGGAACAUACCGCUUGGAAAAGAUAAAUUUGAAUCGUUUUGUGCAUUUAGAUGGGGCAGCUGUCUCGGCUCUUAAUCUUACCCCGAAAGUACAAGCCAAAUCUUUCACGAUGAAAACAAAUCGAUGGACAAGUGUUUUGGGAGUAUUAGAUUACUGCAAGACCCCACAAGGGCAUCGACUUUUGCUACAAUGGCUUAAGCAACCACUGCGUGAUUUGAAUGCUAUUAAGGACAGACAUGACAUUGUUGAAUGUUUUGUAAAUGAUCCAGUCUCUUGUCAGGAUAUAAGAGAAUCCAUUCUAAAGUACAUUCCAGACGUUAUGAUGCUCGUUACAAAAUUGCUUCGCAAAAAGGCGAAUCUCGAAGACGUUUACAAACUCUAUGUUGUCGCAACUCGGAUACCGUCUCUUUUACAAAUUCUUAAAGAUUUAAGUAAUUCAACAAUUAAUAGUAUCUUAUAUGAGCCACUAAAGGAUGUCAAAAACGAUUUAUCUGGUUUCAAACAAAUGGUACUUCAAAUCCUAGAUAUGGACGGUAUCGAUGAGGGACGGUACAAUAUUAAGGCAGAAUUCGAUCCAGAGCUCAAAAGCAUGAAAGAAAAAAUGGAAGCAAUCGAGAAUAAAAUGCGUCGUUUGCUGUCAAAAGCAAUGGAUGAUUUAGGUUUGCAAGACCAGAUCAAACUGGAUUUUGUAUCACACAUUGGUUACCACUUUCGUAUUACACUUUCCAAUGAAAAAAACCUGCGGAAACAGACACAAUAUCAAACGAUCGAUGUCGUUAAAGGCGGUGUACGAUUCAAAACCACACGUUUAAGUGAGCUGAAUUCUGAUUAUUGUGAGCUUAAAGAACAAUACGAAGAACAACAGAAAUCGAUUGUAACGGAAGUAGUACGAAUUGCUGCUGGAUACAGGGUUCCAUUUGCAACACUCAACUCUAUCAUUGCUCAAAUCGAUACAUUUUGUUCAUUUGCGAAAGCUGCCGUAUCCGCGCCGAUUCAAUAUGUACGUCCAAAAAUAUGUUCAGAGGGCUCCGGGCGUCUUUAUUUAAAAAGAGUCCGUCAUCCAUGCAUCGAAAUGCAAGAAGACGUCAACUUUAUCCCGAACGAUAUUGACUUUCAAUCCAACGUAACAAACAUGCAAAUUAUUACGGGACCUAAUUGCGGCGGCAAAAGCACAUAUAUCAGAUCAGCUGGUGUAGCUGUCCUUUUGGCCUUAAUCGGAUCAUUUGUUCCUUGUGAUGAAGCUGAAAUUCCGAUAGUUGACAGUAUCAUGGCCAGAGUUGGAGCUGAUGAUAACAUUCGAGGUCUCAGUACGUUUAUGGUGGAAAUGGUUGAAACAACAGGAAUCAUACGGUCUGCAACCGAGAAAUCCUUAGUGAUUAUUGAUGAGCUAGGUCGCGGUACGAGUACAUUUGAAGGAUGUGGAAUUGCUUUUGCCAUAGCAGAGCACCUGGCUAAACAUGUGAAGUGUAUUACCUUAUUUGCUACACACUUUCAUGAAAUUACAGAGUUAGCACAAUCCGUUCCCACUGUCAAGAAUUUCCAUAUGUUGGCCGUUACAGAAGAUGAUAGCUUUACAUUGCUAUAUCAAGUAGCUCCAGGAGUAGUGGAAAAGAGUUUCGGGAUUCAAGUAGCCAAAUUGGCGGAUUUUCCUGCGCAAGUUGUGAAAGAUGCACAGACUUUGUAUGAAGAUAUUGACGAAAGAGUCAAUUUUACUGUCACUGAUGCUGAUUUGAAAUCUGCUUUAGAAGAGAUGCGUGGACAGUUGAGUGAAAAUGAAAUGGCAUUUGUUUUGAAACAAUUGUAAAUCAAACGAAAGAUUUUUGAAAAAUGUAAAAUAUUAUUUAAAGUUGAUGUCUUUCCCAACAAUGAAUACAUUUUUUUAAUUCUAAAAAAAUACAUAUAUUGAUAUGAUUUUU